CUCUCUCUCUCUCUCUUCGCUGGGGGCGAGGAAGAAGGGGAAGAAGCGAUGCUAAGAAGAGCUCCGCACUUCCCACCAAUGGCGUCCACCGCGCUCCGCCUCUCUCUGGUCCCCGCCCUCAGCUUCUCUUCUUCCCCUCCUCCUCCUCCUCCUUCACAGUCUCGCUGCAUCUCCACUCCUCCUCCGCAUCAUCUCCUCCCUCCUCCUCUCGGCGGCCGGAAGCUGCGGCCGGUCCGGCCGGCGUCGCCCCAUCCCCGCCUCCGACUCGCAGGUAUUUCGGCUUCAUUUAGUUCUCAGUCAAGUUCUGGCAAUGGGAGGGAAUUACUAGUGCAGCACUUGCUUAUCAAGGAAAACGACCUCAAUCUCCUGCUUGAGCUUCAGCAAAGGAUUUCAGCAGGAGAGGAUCUGAGUGACCUUGCAGUUGAACACUCAAUUUGUCCAUCAAAAGAACAGGGUGGAAUGCUAGGGUGGGUGACAAUGGGGCAGAUGGUGCCAGAAUUUGAGGAGGCAGCUUUUAGUGCGCCUAUGAACAAAGUUGUAAAAUGCAAGACUAAAUUUGGAUGGCAUUUAUUGCAAGUUCUUUCAGAGAGGGAAGGGUCAGUUCUUCAAGACAUACAGCCUGAUGAGCUUCAUGCCAAAAUGCAAGACCCCAAUUUCCUUGAAGAAGCUCAACUCGUUGAUGUUAGAGAGCCUGAGGAAGUGGCCAAGGCUUCUUUGCCUGGUUUUCAAGUUCUUCCACUUCGUCAGUUUGGCAGUUGGGGACCAGAAAUUACUACAAAGUUAGAUACUGAGAAGGAUACUUAUGUGAUGUGUCACCAUGGAAUGCGAUCGUUACAAGUUGCCAAGUGGUUGCAGGCACAGGGUUUUAAGAGAGUAUUCAACUUGUCUGGGGGAAUUCAUGAAUAUGCUGUCAAGGCUGAUCCGUCAAUCCCAACUUACUGAAAUUGCCGUCAGUGGAAUUUUGUAGCGCCUAGACCGGGUUUUCUGAGGUUUCUCCAUCUUCCUUUUCAGCUGUGGUACCGUUCUCUUGUCUGAGAUUUGGCCAUCACAAUGUUCUGCUAGUUUGUUCGGGCAAAAACUUUGGUAUCUUCAGCCGCAGCAAUAUACCCUCUUUUGGCCUUCCGUGUAGAAUCUCUUAUAUGCCAAGGCGGCUCGAAAAGCUAUACGGUUUUUACUAUACGAAUUUGAUGUAAGAUUUUCCUCUUUUUGUUUGGACUGGUGUAUAUUGAGGCUCUUCUCAGGUAUUUUAUUCGAAUGAGACA